AGGGACCGUCCGGCACCGGACCGCUAUGCAGCCCGCCAGGAGAGCUGGAGAGGAGACCGCGGCUGGAGAGCUGAGGAGGACGUACGCCGACCACCUCGACGCAGCAGCUACCCAUCUCGAGAAGGUCGGAGGACCUAUGCGGCGGCCGUGGGAGAGGAUCACCGCAGCGACGAGCCGGACUUUUUCCACGCACCACAGCGGAGCCGGAGGGGAGAACAGCCGGCGACAGACCGCUAUGCAGCCCGGCAAGGAAGUCGGACCGGACGGGACCGACGAUUCGAACGGAGAACGGCUCGGGACAAUCGCACACAAUUUAAAGACUGUUAUUAAACCGGCCGUCCCUACCAAACACACACAAAAUAAGAUUGAGGAGAACGCUAAAAACUGGGCCCGUACAACCAUGGUGAUCCUCCGGCAACAUUACACUCAGAGCGUAGAGGAGGAAUUAAAGGCUCUCUCUGAGUGUUCUAAACAGGACUGGGAGGGCCCGUUCGAGAUAGCAACAUCCUGGGCCAAGAGGAACCUGGGCCGCCGCCUCCAACCUGACUCUCUGGAACAGGCCAGAGCUGAGAUCGUGGCCAAACUGGGGGACCUGGGGACUGCCACUUCAACAGAGGAGGGCCCACCUGCACCCCGCACAACAUCCAAAACAACGACGGCAACGAUGACGGACCACGUCGCUGGAGACUGGUCACCUUCUUCUGAGAUGGAGCAGGAGCAAGAGAGGGAUCUGACACCUUCCUCCCCUCCAGAAUCUUCACAACCAGCAGAGCCCAAUCUGGCCACACCGAAGGAGCAGAGGGUGUUGAGAUUCGCCGCCUCGAUCCCAGAGACGCCAUCCCAGGAACGGCCAUGCUCUCCCUCCACCCAACCACCACAAUCUGGUGAAAUGAUGGACACUGAGGGACUGGACCUCACACAGGGGGAAGUCACCCCCAAAAAGACAAAGCGGGUUAACACUUUAACAGUGGCUAAACCGCAACCAGUGUCUCACCCGGGACCAUCUCGCAGCGGCUUAGACAGACUCACUUCCUGUGUGCAAACCCGGCUUCAGCUUCAAGCAGCAGAGGAAGAAUCAUCUUCUUCAUCAUCUCUUCCUCCUUCACCAGCCUCACCGGGACAGCAGGUGCGGACGCCGACCAGACAUCCCAACACACACAGGAAAUUGAGAGACUGGCACCUGCAUGUGAAAGAGCCCUGGCUCGUCGUCGGCGAUUCUAAUGUUAGCAGACUGCCCCCUUUGCAGCUGACAGUGGAAAAGGACACUUUGAUGUACUUGAACACUUUCAUUACAGGACUAAAGGAUCACAUUCCAGCCCUCACCUCAGACAUUUUCACUACAGAGGAGGAUGACAUUCACUGGUCAUAUGGAACCUCAGAGGCAAUGUUACAACACUGGGAGAUGUAUGUAAAUGGGGAGUCCCCAUAA